GGCUCGGCUCUCUUCGGCUGAGCUCGGCCACUUCUCGGCUCUCUUCGGCUUCCUUCGACCGACUCUCGUCUCGGCUUCCUCCUGCCGGCUCUCUUCCUCGGGCUCGGCUCUCUUCGGCUAAACUCGGCCGCGGCACCGGAAGGGCGCCAAUGGAGCCGGGCCUACCGGCUCGCCCGACGGCCAUGGCACCACUGCUGGAGUAUGAGCGGCAGCUAGUGCUGGAGCUGCUCGACACGGACGGCCUGGUCGUGUGCGCCCGCGGGCUCGGCGCGGACCGACUCCUCUACCACUUCCUCCGGCUGCACUGCCACCCGGCAUGCCUGGUGCUGGUGCUCAACACGCAGCCGGCCGAGGAGGAAUAUUUUAUCAAUCAGCUGAAGAUAGAAGGAGUUGAACACCUUCCGCGCCGUGUAACAAAUGAAAUCCCAAGUAACAGUCGCUAUGAGGUUUACACACAAGGCGGUGUGAUAUUUGCAACCAGUCGGAUACUUGUGGUUGAUUUCUUGACUGAUAGAAUUCCUUCAGAUUUAAUUACUGGCAUCUUGGUGUACAGAGCUCACAGAAUCAUUGAGUCCUGUCAAGAAGCAUUCAUCUUGCGCCUGUUCCGCCAGAAAAACAAACGUGGCUUCAUUAAAGCUUUCACAGACAAUGCUGUUGCCUUUGACACUGGUUUUUGUCACGUGGAAAGAGUGAUGAGAAAUCUCUUCGUAAGGAAGUUGUAUCUGUGGCCCAGGUUCCAUGUAGCAGUAAACUCAUUUUUAGAACAGCACAAACCUGAAGUCGUAGAAAUUCAUGUCUCUAUGACACCAGCCAUGCUUGCUAUACAGACUGCCAUACUGGACAUCUUAAAUGCAUGUUUGAAAGAACUGAAGUGCCAUAACCCAUCACUUGAAGUUGAAGAUUUAUCUUUAGAAAAUGCUAUUGGAAAACCCUUUGACAAGACAAUCCGCCAUUAUCUGGAUCCUUUGUGGCACCAGCUUGGAGCCAAGACUAAAUCCUUGGUUCAGGAUUUGAAGAUACUACGAACUUUGCUGCAGUAUCUUUCUCAGUAUGAUUGUAUCACAUUUCUUAAACUUCUGGAAUCUCUGAGAGCAACAGAAAAGGCUUUUGGUCAGAAUUCAGGUUGGCUAUUUCUGGACUCCAGCACCUCGAUGUUUCUAAAUGCUCGAGCAAGGGUUUAUCAUGUUCCAGAUGCCAAAAUGAGCAGGAAAGAAAAAAUGUCUGAAAAAAUGGAGUUUAAAGAAGGGCAGGAAACAAAAAAGGAACUCGUCCUAGAAAGCAACCCAAAGUGGGAAGCGCUAACUGAAGUACUGAAAGAAAUUGAGGCAGAAAACAAGGAGAGUGAAGCCCUUGGUGGUCCAGGUCAAGUACUUAUUUGUGCGAGUGAUGACCGCACGUGUUCCCAGCUGAGGGAGUAUGUCGCUGUUGGAGCCGAGGCCUUCCUGUUGAAACUGUACAGGAAGACCUUUGAGAAGGACAGCAGCGCUGAGGAAGCAUGGGUGAAAUUUAGAAAGGAGGACAGUUCGAAGAGAGUUGUGAAAUCCAACAAACGACUCAAAGACCCCCAAAACAAAAGGGCUCCUGCCAAAGAAAGGCCUCUCAGAAAGAAAAAACGAAGGUUAACUUUAACUCAGAUGAUGGGAAAACCUGAAGAACUAGAGGAAGAAGAGAAUGUCAAGGAAGGAUAUCCUAGAAACCUAAGCAGCAGCCCAGAAAGCUCCUUGGAAGAAAUUAAGCAUGAAGAAUUUGAUUUAAACUUGUCAUCUGAUGCCGCUUAUGGAAUCCUGAAAGACCCCCUCACUAUAAUCCAUCCACUUCUGGGCUGUAGUGACCCCUAUGCUCUGACAAGGGUUCUCCACGAAGUGGAGCCAAGAUAUGUGGUUCUGUAUGACGCAGAACUAACGUUCGUUCGUCAGCUUGAAAUUUACAGGGCAAGCAGGCCUGGGAAACCUCUGAGGGUUUACUUUCUCAUAUACGGAGGGUCCACUGAGGAACAACGCUAUCUCACUGCUUUGAGGAAAGAAAAGGAAGCUUUUGAAAAACUCAUCAGGGAAAAAGCCAGCAUGGUUGUCCCUGAAGGAAGAGAAGGCAGAGAUGAAACAAACCUAGACUUAGUGAGGGGCUCCUUGUCUGCAAGUGUUUCCACUGAUACUCGGAAAGCAGGUGGCCAGGAGCAGAACAGUACGCAGCAAAGUAUAGUUGUGGAUAUGCGUGAGUUCCGAAGUGAACUCCCAUCCCUGAUCCAUCGUCGGGGAAUUGACAUCGACCCCGUCACCUUAGAGGUUGGAGAUUACAUUCUGACUCCAGAAAUGUGCGUGGAGCGCAAGAGUAUCAGCGAUUUGAUUGGCUCUUUAAAUAACGGCCGCCUGUACAGCCAGUGCAUCUCCAUGUCCCGCUACUAUAAGCGACCAGUGCUGCUGAUCGAGUUUGACCCCAGUAAGCCCUUCUCUCUCACUUCCCGGGGUGCCUUACACCAGGAGAUCUCCAGCAGCGACCUCAGUUCCAAACUCACCCUUCUCACGCUGCACUUCCCCAGACUGCGGAUUCUCUGGUGUGCCUCCCCUCACGCUACUGCGGAGCUGUUCGAGGAGCUGAAGCAAAAUAAGCCGCAGCCUGACGCCACGACGGCCAUGGCCGUCACAGCGGAUUCUGAAACACUCCCCGAGUCAGAAAAGUAUAAUCCUGGCCCCCAAGACUUCUUGUUAAAAAUGCCCGGGAUAAAUGCCAAGAACUGUCGCUCCCUGAUGAGCCACGUGAAGAGCAUCGCAGAGUUGGCGAGCCUGCCCCAGAACGAGCUCGCAGGUGUGCUGGGCAAUGCUGCGAACGCCAAGCAGCUGUACGAUUUCAUGCGCACCACUUAUGCAGAGGUGGUUUCUAAAGGAAAAGUGAAAACAUGAGCAAACGUGGCUAUUUUCUUAUCCCAGUUUUCAGCACCUCUUUGCCAGCAUUAAGAGAUCAUUAAUCAGCUCCAUUUUCUUCGAGCGCUUCUUAAUAAUCGUGUGGUCUGUUUCCUAGGUCAGUGGACCAGAAGCCAGUUCCUCUCUCCACUUUGCAUUUUGGCAUCAUUUUAACUUUCCGGGCCUGCUCCCCUCCCUCCUGCGCUGUCCAUGCCAGGUUCAGUAGGUUGGGUUUUUAAAUGAGGUGUGUCAGGAUCUGGUAAAGCGUCUACAAGUGUUCAUAGAAGGCCAUUGUUGAAACAAGCAGAAAUUUGCAUUUCCUAUACAAACUGAUAACACACCAUUGUUUCCUAGCCCACUGUUGACAGAGGGCCUCUGCACACUGGGAAGGAACCUCUCUGCCAUUCCUGACCACUUCUCCCCACCACAUUGUCUCACCCGCACACCUCUUCCACCUGUCUCCCUCUAAGAUUCAUGGGGACUUCUGCUAACUUAAGGCAGCCAACCUCUGAAACCAGCUGAUGAAUUUUCUAAUCCCCUGAAUAUAUGUAGCAUGAACUUACCUCAAUUGUGCAAAACCAGUACCUGUAAAACAAAAUGAAUUGCCUAUUUACAGAAUUUGAUGGUAUAGAUGAAGGAGCCCUUAGAGUUCUUAGUUUUGGCAGAUAUUUAACUUAAAUCCCACAGAUAUCUAGUCCCAACUGACUAGUUACAGUGUCUCUUAAGACUUCCUCUUUUUCAGCCUCUCUUCACGUAUCCUAAAACCACCAGCACCAUAUUCUCUCAAAAGGCAGCAUAAGCUCAUCCUAUGUGAUUCUCCACUUUCCUUGUUCCUGGGCAGGGUGCCUAUUUCCAUCCCUGUGUUUCAACUAAAAUACAAGUGAAUGAAUGGCCCACAAAGUUUUUAAGAUUUGGUUUACCUUCCUUGACUUGAGAUACGAGAGUUGUAAGUAAAUGGAAGAUGAAUGCACCAAAUAUAUAAGAAUUCUUAGAAAAUAUAUAUGUUUAAAAAUCCAUAAAGCACCAAUCUCAUUGUAAACCUCCUCCUAAUUGAUUUAGUUUAGCUUUUUACUGACGUGUACAGACAAGACAUUCAUAGCAUCUUUGUGUAGUUUUUAAAAUUUUUAUAUUUAAACAUUAUUAACUUAAGUAUUAUUCACAUGGUAACAAGUAAAUUUUCUACCUGAAAAGGUGAUGUAGAUGUAGACAUCAGUUCUGUGAGCCACAUCACAUACUUUUAACAUGUCACCCAUCAAUGUCAGCCCUGUGUGUUUUUGUCACACUAAACUCAGAAUAGACAGUGGGCCAUGUAAUAUGAAAUAGUGUCCACCUUGCACAAAAGCACUUCCAACUGUCCUCUGCUCACUGAACCUCUCAUCUUGACUUCUGGUUUCUUGGUAUGUUACCAUAUGUUAAUACUCUUAGUAUGUGUGGAUUUUGAACUCUAUACAGGGUACUGAAGAACGCAUUGAGCGGUAUCAAGGAACCGUAUUGUUAUCAUAGAACUCUGUACAAUGACUUGAGGCAUAAAGAAGAAGACACGAACACAAAUUAAGGUAGAAUAAAGAUGUGGCUACUAAUUUUGUCCCAGGGUCAAAAAGAUAGCCUUGAGAAUAGAAAACAGAAAUGUCCGAUACAUGUGUUAGUUUUCACUUGAAUAUGUAUUUCUUCGUUAAGGUUCCUUCAUAGUUAAAAGUGCAUUAAAAUAGACAUACCACCUCAAAUAGAAAUGUUGUUAUAAUUUUUCUUCACCCUGUUCUAGCACUUCUGCUUGUGGUGUGUAAUUUCUAUGUUUUCUUCUUGUGUAAUUGCACCUGAUUUUUAUUGUUCUUCCGUUACAUAAAAAUUACAUCUUGUCAUUUUCAUUA